AUGGCCCAGAACCAACACGACGCUCCUGCCUACUGGACCAAAGAAGAUGAAACCCGUCUCCUCAAUUUUCUUUUUGACCACCUUGCGAGUGGUGGGGAUGGUGCCAACUUCAAGAAGACCACUUUCCAACUUGCCUCCGUUGAGAAUAAAUGGAACAUGUUACAUCGCACUUUCUGUGCCAUUCAGGCCAUCAAGGACUAUACUGGAUGGAACUGGACAGACGAAGGAGGUGCAAACAUCACUGAGACCUCCUCUCAUUAUCAAGACUGGCUCAAAUUUGUCAAGAUACACAAGCUGGCAGCCCCUUUUAUGAGCAAGGGCUGGGCUCAUCUUGAUAAGAUGACGCAGAUCAUGCCAGUGACUGUCCGUGGCCACCACAUCUUCCGUCCUUCACAAAAUCUCACUGGUAUGUCUGCAGCUCGUGAUGGGACCCCUCCUCUGGCAGCAGAGGUCAAUGAGCCUGUUGAGGAUGAAGAUGGCCCAGCAGCUACCCCAGUUGUUGAUCAACCUGUAGCUGCCGCAGAUGAGGGAUCUGGUGGGGAGAAUGUGGGUGAUGAUGACCACGAUAAUGACGAUAUCCCAUGGGAGGCGACUCCUCCUCCUUUGGCACCACCUGAAGAGGUGACACCCCCUCAUCUGACCACAUCAGUAAGCACAUCUCGCAAGCGCCAAUGUGCGGCAUCUGAAACACCGGUGAAGUCUGUCAAGAAGUCUCGUGCAACUGGGGCUGAUGCCAUCCAUGGGCUCACGAAGUCAAUUGACAACUUUGGUGUCAACAUCUGCAAGGUCUUAGCCAUGGAUCCUUCUCUCCGCACCCCACAGCGCCGCAAGGAUGCUGUUACCGAAGCUCAGAAAGAGUCUUGGCUCCCUCCAGUUGAUCGCCUGGUCUUCUGCAAUGUCCUCGAGCGGGACAUCAGUGUCAUUGACACCUAUUUGGCCCUCAACAAGAAGGAUGUUGAGUUUUCUCACCUGUGGAUUCAGGAUAAGGUGGAUCAGGCAAAGGAGGCAUGUUUCACCCUUCAUUAG